AUGGAAGUGGAUGUCAGAGAAAACAUUGGAAGGUUGAUCAAGGACCUUACAGAGACUGGAGAGUGGGUGCUGGAUGCACAAAAGUUAAAGAACCUGAAAUCUAUAUGCAAACGAUCCGAUGCCCUUGUACAAGUCGCGUUUGAGUUUAUCAUGGCACAAUUGAGAAAAAAGCAUGCUCAGAUACGAUAUUCAUGCGUGCAACUGACUGAGCAAUUAUUUGAUCGCUCAAAGUACUUUCGAGACCUGCUGACUGAAGAUUUUCCACUGUUUACUCAACUGACUGUUGGCAUCCAAGGCAAGAAAUUACCUCCACCUGCUCCAGUAGCCACAAAGCUGAAGGACUAUGCCAUUGCAUUGAUUAAAGCGUGGUUUACAAAGUACGGCGAGAGAUAUCGGCAACUGGGCAUUGCGUACGAUUUCUUGCUGGAUAAUGGCUUUCUGGAUCGAGAAACUGGAUCACUGACUACAAUUCACAUGGAUGAGAGAAACAAAUCGAAUACAGAUGCCAGAAGAAAAGCGAUUCAGUUCAAUCGAUUCGAGAUUUUGAAAGCGGACAUGAACGACCAUUUAGACAUUAUCAAGGACAACUUGACCAACAUGGAAGGGUGUUUUGAGAUUUUAAUACCAAAAAACGUCUUUCAAGGCGAGGAUCUAGAUUUUGAUGCGUUGUUACGAGGUGAAGCAAGUAACAGUGACCCGUCCGCAGCAGAGAAUUACAAGGAUAGCAUUUUGUCGCAUGGAUUGGGAUCCAACCGAUACCAGAUCACAAUUGACAUGUCAGAAGAGUCAUUGAUGGAGGAUGUUGAAGAAACUCAAGACAACAAGAUUGUAUUUGAUCAAUUGAGAGAAGCAUAUACCCUGUUGGAAACAAAACAUAUCAACCAGCUGAAUCAAUGGAUCAACACGCUUGUCAAAAUGGAUCUGGCAGACAAGGCUGAAAAGGAAAAGUGGAUCAAACAAGUCAUCAAUUUGAAAGGAGAAGCAUCUGAAGCGAUUCGAAAAGCCAAACUACUAAAAAUCGAGCCAACGCACAAACCAGUCAAGCGAAUUGACACGUCUCAUAUGGAGGAGGAGGAGGAGGAUGACGAAUUUGGCGAUGAGUUGUUUGAAGAUGUCAAUGUGGACAAGAUCAAUGCAGAGGAACGAGAUAAACGUACCGUGAGCGGCUCCAAAUUACCGCCCUUGCAGCGUUUGUUUCCUCUAUCGUAUGACCCCGCCAUGAUGGAAGAUGCGACAUACAAGGGACCGCCAUCUCUGAUAGAAGAUACUGUGAAUGUACCAAAAGAUAAGGGGAAGCAAAAGGCGAAUCCCGAGAAAGAAGAGUUAUAUAAGCGUGCACCCGUCGUCGAGUGGGGAGAGGAUUUAUAUUAUUGGGACAAGACAAACGUUCAAUUCAACACGAGUGGCAUUGAAAAGAGCCAUCGAUUCAUGGGAACGGGUGAAGGUACAAAUGAAAUGCCAGAGCAUUUGUUGGAAGAACUUCGAAAGCGGCCCAUCUACUACAAAUCCGAGGCACCCAAAGAGAUCCAGGCAUGCCGACAUCCUUUGCACAACGGUGGACUUUGUCCUCGGAAAGAUUUGGUAACAUGUCCUUUCCAUGGCAAGAUAAUACCCAGAGACGACCUCGGAAGACCCCUCAACCCGGAAGAUGUGCUUGCAUCCACAUCUGGUGCCAUGGCACCUGUAGAUCCGAACGAGGAAUAUACAGGUCAAAUGGCAAGUCGCAAACCAGAUGCUGCUAUCAUGAACAAUCUGUGGCAAGUACUGGAAAAUGAUGUCAUGGGGCAAUCUGGCCAUGAAACAAUAGCCAACAGCAGAGGAAGGAAGCGGGAAUCAGCAACAACUGGAGGAAGUAGAAAGAAGCAGAAACAGAAAUCUGCUCUAAUUGAUGUCAGAAAGAAGCCAGAUACAAGUUACACGCGAUUGACUAGGCAGAUCAGUACCGCCAAGAACAGAAAGUUGGUAGAAGAAGCUAUCGAAUACGAACGUGAGAUGAAAUCUAGGAAUAAGGAAGCAAACAACUGGCGUUAA